UCUGCUGGCAACCUUCUUCGGAUUCGUCCGUCGAUCAUAAAGAGUUCGCAAGUUCAUCAAGAAAGUGGUAAAUAUUUAGUAGUUUGUAAUAUGAAUGUAUUAGCAGAAUGAAAUCAAUGAUGAGCUAUCGUGAUCUUUAGAUAGUUUAAUUGCGUCGAGUUCAACUCAAUUCAUAGUGUACCAGGAACAAGAAUGUUUUCCGAUUCAAGAAAACUUCUGGCAGCCAAAAGAAGGCUCAAGGAAUUCCAACUCAGUAAGAAAAGUUACAUGGCAAGUAAUGCUGCAAAAUCUGUAAGCGAGAACAUGGAACGGUGUGUCUCACCUAAGAGCUAUGACGUUGCUGUCAAUUUGAGCAACCAGGCUCAUCAUCAGACUAACACUGCACAAGGAAAUGAUUGGGAAGCAGCAACAGAUUAUCAAAGGUCCGAUAUACCAGUACCUCUGUCAAAGAUUUCCGAUUCGAUAGAAUGUGACCCUGGCAAUGGUCAAGAUUCUUUUGACCCAAUGCUCGCUCCUCCCUCAGCUCAAGUUGGAACCAUUCAUGAUCCGGUGGAAAAUAUUGUAAGUUUAGAUCAUCCAUGCGAUCCUUUGGUUAGCAGGGAAGAUUGGGAUACAUUCAAAGUGGAUCGGGUUGAGUAUUGUGCACCUCACAGAAUGACUUCAACUACACAGGGUAUGACGGAUAUUGCUGAUCCGCCACUCAUAGUAAGUCAGGAAUUCCAGUCACAAUCAAAAUUUGAAACUAAAAUUGAUCAUAAUGGAGAUAAAAACCAGGAGACUAGAAUAAAAGAGGAUUUUAGUGCCUCGUUCAAUAAUUAUGGUUCGUUGGUUGGAAGUGGAGCAUUACAAAAAGAAUGUCUUCAGCAGAUGACAUCCGCAGUUGAAAAUGUUUUAACAAACGAUGUAUUAGCUGGCAAGAAGGAACCAUUGGGCCUUGCCUCUGAUUUGGAAGAGAGAAAUCAAUUUCUAACUGCCUGCAUACAAGAACAAAAGGAUACGAUUGACCGGUUGCAAAUAGAAAUUAACCAGUAUAAGGCCAGAGUGUCAGAAUUAGAAGUUACAAUGAGGGCCAAGGAAGCUGAGUAUGAGUCAAAAUUCUUUUGUGAGUUAAAUCCGCUCAAAGAACAAUUACGGUUACAUGCACAAACGACCGGUAUACUUGUUGGAGAAAAAGCUGAACUCACUGCUGCGCUGGCACAGAGUCAAGCCACCACCAAACAGAAAAUCGGUGAAAUUGAAGAAUUGAAUGCAAAAUUGAAGUCACUGCAGCUUCAACUAACUGACUCGGAAAAGGGAUUAAUAGCUGCCAAGAAUGCUGGCGAGGAAAUUAAAGAUUCAUUUCACCGGCUCCAAUCCAGCUACAUCUCCACGGAGGCAAAGUGCUCUCAAGUUGAGCAAGAAAAGGACGAUCUUGAAUUAGAAGUGGCUGAAUUAAGGCAGACGCUGAAUAUUAGAAAUACCGAAUUGGUGAAUCUUCAACAGGAGUUGAAGGAAAAAAUUGCUCUACUAGCCUUGAAUGAUCUUAGGAUGCAACAGAUGACCUCUGUGUCCCAAGUCAUCAACGGUGCAAAUGAACAACCUCACAUUGUUGCUGCUAUGGAGCAACAGGUUAGCCAAUUAAUGGAAACUCUCAAGUCUGUGAGCAGCGAGCGUGAUGAAGCCAGUGGUCAUUAUCAAAAUUAUGUGCACCAGCUCAAUGCUCAGGUCACUACUCUAGCUUUGAAGCUCGAGCAAACCCUGAAGGAGAAUUCAGAUAUUAGUAGCAGAGAAGCAAGUCUUGUUCAACGGUUGUCAGAACUUGAAUGUCAAGUACAGAGUCAGAAUACGAUACCUGAAUCUUUGCCUUGUACCGCCAAUGAUGACAAAGAAAAAAUAGACAGGUUGGAGACUAUCGUUGCCAAACUCGAAUCAGAACUUGACAGUUUGCGGGGCACUCUUUUCGAAAAGAACUUAUUAAACGAUACUCUGAAGCGUGAGAUUGAUGAAUUGCAGGAAUUGCGCGAAAGCAAUGCGCAGGCAUCGCGACUGGCUUCUGCUAUGGAGGGCGAAAGAUUGGCUGCAGCACGAGCUGUUUCACAGAAUCAUCAAUUAAAGCAACAGCUAAGCGAAAUGGAAGAUGCAUUUGUGCAACUUAGCAAUGCAAAACUUGAUUUGACAGAGCAGCUACAAGGAGAGCGGGCGAUUGGUCGGAAAUUGAACGCACGUCUGAAUGAUACUGAAAAUAGUAUAGAGAAAUUACAGAAUGAAUUAAGGGACAAGAAUUUGUUGUUUGCUGAAUUGGAAAAGGAAAAGUUUGAGGCAGCUCAAGUAGCCGAUCAAUUGCAACAUUAUCAAGCUCAGUCCCAGUAUGCCGGCACAUUGCAGCAAGAAUUGCAUCAGGCCCAGGAAAGCAUCGAUUUUUUGACAAAACAAAAUCAGCAGCUGAUCAAUGAGUUGAAUGGGGAGAGGACACUGGUCCAAUCAAUGGAUCAGAAUCAGAGGUCUACCGAAAUUGAAUGUGAACAAACUUCCGGAAUUGGGAACGAUGUUGACAAAAAGAAGGUGAACACUUUGGCGGUAAUGACGCAGACCGAAGAAUUAAACACUGCACGUGAUUACAUCGAUGAAGGUAUCACAGGUUUGGAUACGCAAUCCACUUCCACUGAAGCCGUCAAGAAACUCGAAGAACGUUUCAAAGACACGAUGGAACAAGUGGCAGAGCUUUCUGAUGAAAAACAAAGGUUGGAACAUCUCGUACUACAACUGCAGAGUGAAACGGAAACAAUCGGUGAAUAUGUUACGUUAUACCAAAAGCAGCGAGGCGUUCUUCAGGAGAAAGCGAAGGAGAAAGAAGAGGCAUUUCGUAGAUUAUUGGAAGAACGAAAUGAACAACAGGAACAGUUACAUAAACUAAAGGUACUCGUUGCCCAGUUGAUCAGAGGAAAGUCUACGGUUACCACGCCGACAUUUGAAAGUGAAGGGGAUGAUCCAGCGGAGAAUAAAAAACUGGGAACCGAGGGAUCUGAUCCAGCCACUGUGCCAUCGGAAUCAUCAGCAAAGAAAGAUAGCACGACUUCUCAGAUUCUAGAUCUCCUCACUGAAAUCAAAGAGUGCAAGGACUCUUGUGGUCUGGAACCCAAUUUUCAUCCAUGCUCCUGGUGCUCCGGAAAACUGAUUACUGUUUAAAAUUUCGUAUGUGUGUGUGUCAACACAACUCAACAAGACCAUUAGUUUGUUCUUUCUCCAAGUUGUUAACUUCUAAUCAAAAUGAUCAAUAUCCAACUGCUCAAGAAUUUAUUCUUGAAGAUACGAUCGAAAUUUUACAUAGAAUGUCUAAAUAUUUCAUAAAUUUAUACAACGCA